AUGGCGCCGUUACAUCAGUACCCUGUCGGGCAGUCAGCUUUAGAUCUACGCAGCGAUCGGCUCAGACAGAAUAGGGAAAAAUGGGUUCCUGUCCUUCAAAAAUUCGAAAAGGCUCUAAAUGAUGUGAGCAGCGAAGGUACCGAGGCUUCGCUCUCACGACACCAGAGCCGCGGCCAGUUGCUCCCUCGGGAUAGAAUUGCUCUACUCCUUGACCAGGGAUCUCCAUUCCUAGAGCUUUGCUCCUUUGCGGGCUACGGGAAUCGGGACUCUACACCGUGCGCAAACCUGAUUGCUGGGAUUGGAACUGUCAGUGGGGGAGCCUGGAAUGAAAUGACUGUGAUAAAGGUCAAUCGUAUGUUAGAAAUAGCUACCGAGAAUGACCUGCCCUUGAUUUCUUUGGUUCAAUCGGCUGGUGUGUUCCUGCCUCAGCAAUUCCGAGUUUUCCACAAAGGGGGUCAGCUUUUCCGCGAUCUGGCGCUGAGAACGAUGCAAGGAAAGCCAUCCUGCGCAAUUGUGUUUGGAUCAUCUACAGCAGGAGGUGCCUACCACCCCGCAUUGUCGGAUUAUACCAUAUUUGUUGAGAAUCAAGCACAAGCCUUCCUAGGUGGUCCACCGCUGGUCAAGAUGGCGACUGGGGAGAUUAUUGAAGCUGAGGAGUUGGGGGGCGCACGAAUUCACGCGGCCCAAACCGGACUGGCAGACCAGAUUGCAAUAGAUGAGUUUGAUGCAAUCCACAAAGCCAGGGAUUGGGGUGCUUCUCUGAAACCUCGAUUAUAUCGCGUCCUUCACGAAGUCAACCAAGCCCGCAUUCCACGAUAUCCAGUGGAAGAUCUACUGUAUCUCGUUAAUCCUGAUAUUCGAAAGGCUUUUGACAUGAGAGAGGUCAUAUUACGGAUCGUCGACGACUCUCGUAUAUCGACAUUCAAGCCCCAGUAUGGACCAAAUAUGCUGACAGCGUGGGCUCAUAUCAUGGGACAUCGGGUAGGAAUCGUGGCCAAUCAGGUCUCAAUCAUCAAUCCCCAUGAAGCAGCCAAAGCUGCUCAGUGUAGUCCGAUCGUCUUUCUCCACAACGUCACGGGGUUCAUGGUAGGUGCCAAGUCCGAACACGCUGGUAUAAUUAAGAUUGGGGCCCAGUUGGUGUCUGCAGUUUCAUGCUCACAGGUACCUCACAUUUCGAUUAUCAUGGGCGCUUCCUAUGGAGCCGGUAACUACGCUAUGUGCGGAAGAGCGUACAAGCCCCGCUUCAUCUUCACUUGGCCCAUUGGAAAGUGCAGCGUUAUGGGACCAGAUCAACUCGCUGGCGUCAUGGAACAGAUACGAAUGGCAAAGACCGAAGGAACUAAUAGCAGUGUGCCCGAGGAGAAUUUGAAGAAAGCAACCAACGACUUCCGAAUCCAGGCACAGAAGGACGCAGAAAGCUAUGCCACUAGCAGCAUGAUAAUUGAUGAUGGGAUCAUUGAUCCAAGAGAUACUCGCGAUGUACUGGGGAUGUGCUUGGAUAUUGUUUCAGACAAGGAAAUUGCAGACAGGGAUGGAACCACAAGGAUACCUUCCACGAUGCCUUCCACAGAAAUCGAAGACCCGACUCUUAGCGCCAUGCCGGCUCGGGAACGUUUGUUUGUUGCGCCGCUACCAGUCAACCCUGUCACAGGGUUGCCGUUCAUCCAGAAGCUUUUCAUUGCAAAUCGUGGGGAGAUAGCGUGCCGCAUAAUUGCGACAUGCCAAAAGCUCAUGGUCCGAACUGUUGUUGCAUAUGUCCUGGAGGAUCAACAGUCACAGCAUGUGGACGAAGCUGAUGAGAUAAUCUGCUUGGGUAGCAUGGGGGAUCAUGCAGGGAACCCCUUUCUGAACAUUGAUUUGCUCGUCAAGACGGCUGUGGAUGCUGCCGCAGACGCCAUUCACCCAGGCUAUGGCUAUUUGAGUGAGAACGCUGGCUUUGCAGACAGAGUUCGUCAAACCGGACUGAUAUUUAUUGGGCCCAGCUCCAGUGCAAUGUCAACACUUGGGGACAAGCGGCGAUCUAAAGAAUAUCUCUCAGAGAAGGCGCCGCACGUUCCGCUGAUCCCUGGAUUCAAGGGGUCCAGUCUUGAUCUUGAAGACCUCCUGACUUCCGCAACAAACAUCGGAUUUCCAGUCAUGCUCAAGGCUUCAGCGGGCGGAGGCGGAAAGGGCAUGCGUGUUGUCCGAGAAGCGUCCCAACUAUCGGGCGAAUUAGCUCGUGUGCAGUCUGAGGCAGAGAGAUCCUUCGGAUCUACCGAUUGCAUAUUGGAGAAGUUCAUUGAAAAAAGCAAGCAUGUCGAGAUUCAGAUCAUGGGAGACUCACACGGAAAUGUCAUCAGCUUCUUCGAGCGGGACUGUUCUGCACAGCGCCGACAUCAGAAGGUCAUUGAGGAGACACCUUGCGAAUUCCUGACAGACGAGUUGCGGCAAGCGAUGUCUCAAACAGCGCUUACUAUUGCCAGCUUUAUCGGUUAUGAUAAUGCGGGAACUGUUGAGUUCGUCGUCGAUGUUGAGACGUGCAAGUUCUUUUUCCUCGAGGUCAACGCGCGGUUGCAAGUUGAACACCCCAUCACUGAGGAGGUCACGGGUACCGACCUCGUAGCAUUACAGCUUUAUGUUGCUGCUGGUGGAAAUUUGAAAGAACUGUCCAACUUGCAGCAAGUGAAGCAAACUGGACAUGCCAUGGAAUGUCGACUCUGCGCUGAAGAUCCGUCGCGUGAUUUCUUCCCAGAACAUGGUACAGUUCAACUUUGGCGACCAUACGACAGUACUGCUUCCUCAAACGGAUAUGUUCGUCACGAGACAGCGCUGAGGUCUGGAUCCUCUAUUUCUAUCUAUUUUGACUCCAUGGUAGCGAAGGUUGUAGUGUGGGCGCCGACGAGGACGGAAGCAAUUCAGAGAAUGAUUCUGGCACUGAAGAAUCUUGCUUGUGUCGGUAUCAAGACGAAUCAACUAUUUCUUCAGCGGUGCCUGGAACAUCCCUACUUUCAUGAUUUGCGAUACACCACAUCAUUUAUACCCCAAAACUUGGAUCAGUUGCUUCGAAUCAGGAGGCCAAAGAAAGCCCGCUUUGCCGAAAUCAUCAUAUCAGCCUUAUGUUUCCGUUUCACUUCAAGAAUGGAAAGAAUCAAUUCUGGGUCUCGAAUUCCAUUUGGGAAUGUGCGCACCCACUUUCGCACCCAGCGCUAUGAUCCUGUCAGUGUCAAUGCAGACGUCAUCGUACCUAGCCACGCUGAAAAUCCACUACUAUGUUUAUGGAAAUCCGACGUUCCGAACUCCGCUUUCCAGGAUGGGGAGGUCAAGAUCAUAGAGCUUCUGGAAGCAUCUAAAGCUUCGACGCCGGACGAUGCUGACCAAAACAGUUGGUCAAGCCCUGCCAAAGCCACAGUGAAUCAGUACAACAAGAUCAGCAACAUGCUCCGAAACGAAAGGCAUGGCCUGCAGCCGUUGGUGAGGUUCAAACUGCACAGGUUUGAAGCCAUCGCACGGCUUACAUCCGCAUUCAACAACUUCCCUUGCCAAUCAGCAAAAGUUGAGAUUAGUCUAGACGAGACAAAGUUUUGGGCAUAUUGUGUGGUGCCGGAUAACCGCUCAGACAAGCUAGAGCAACCGCAGGAAAUCCUCUGCCACUUUCCCCAUGUAGGAGAAUGGCUCGGUUUCCAGCGGCAUACUCUGUUGUCGUAUAGUGAAAGUCGACGUGAGCUGGUAAAGGCAGAAAACAAGAACGAGUCAAACGAGAUAGUAGCCCCCAUGCCAUGUAAAGUACUUUCAAUCCAGAAGAAGAAUGGAGACCAUGUGGAGUCUGGAGACGAGGUGAUGGUGAUUGAGAGCAUGAAGAUGGAAGUUUCCGUUAAGGCGACCAGAGCAGGACUAUUCGAAACGACAUGGGUAGAACGAGACUCUGUUAGCGAAGGCCAGGCACUAUGCCGUGUCUUGUAG